CUUACCUGGGAGUACGUCCCACGGAGGGGCGGGCCCGGAUGGAUCACGUGAGCUCCGCCAUUUGUGUUUUGGGAGAAGAGGCGGAAACGGUUAUCUCAGUUCUUGUUUUCCCUGCAGAUAGUUUGGCAGAUAAAGGUGUGAAACAUCAAAUGUCUGAAAGACACGAAUCAAAGGUGAAAACAGAAGAGGAGGAUGAUAUGUCCUGUGGAGACCUGGGUGAUGGCCUUUGCAGGAAACCUGGCGGAAUUUAUGAACAGACACCAGGUGCGGUUGCUGAGACCAUAACAUCCAGACAUGGAUCAGAUGUCGAUGACUCUGUUUUUAGUACAAGUGUAACUGAAGAUGAGAAGAAUGCAAUUACAUCUUCCCACUGGACCAAAUACAGUAAUCUACACAAUUCAUUUCAUAAACUAACAACUUCUGAUGGGACAAGUACAAGCAGGCGGUCGAGCAGCAAUGGCUCACAAGUUGAAAUCUCAAAUGAAGAGUUAAAAGUCAAGCUUCAGGAAGUUGUGGAGGAAGCAGAAUUUCUACGUUGUGAGCUUGAGGUAACACAACAGCAACUUGACGGGAAAUAUGAAGCAUUAAAGAUACUACAGAGUAUGGCUGUGUUUGAUAAAGCUACUGCACAUACAAAGACAUUACUUCAAAAAACAGGCGAACGAAACAAGAUUUUAGAGAAGGAAGUGAAUAUAUUACAGUGGGAAAAUGAUUGGAAAUUGGAUAAAUUUAAGAAUUUGGAACAGAUCUGGAUUGGAAGAUAUGAUCGGAUAUGUAUUGAAAAUGCUGAACUUUCAAAAACUUUGGCGGCAAAAGAUAGUGAGAUUCGGAAUCUUAAAUCAGAAAAUACAAUUUUGAACCAGCAGUGUUCAGAAUUACUUGCAAUGCUUGAUGCAAAGGAUCAGCAGACCUUCCAAAGCACAUUGCCAGUAAAUAAGAAAGGCUUCACUGAAGUUACAACGUUGGAGCUGGGAGUGCUUGGAGCGUGUCACUGUAAUGGUACUGGAGGAGAGCCCUGUGCUUGUGCCAGGAUGGCAGCUGCUACACGGAAACAGCUACUGCAACAGAAGCAAGAGUUUGAUCUUCAGAGAAAGCGAGAGGAAGAGGCCUACAUAGUGGCUGAUGCAUUUAGAAUUGCUUUUGAACAUCAAUUAAAAAGAACAAAUGAUCAAACUCUUCGAAUUAGUGAAGUGGAAAAACUGCAUAGAAAAGCUUCUAAGAAAGGGCUUGUUUGGAAUCAAAUAAAAGAUCCUAUUCAGGGAACAAAAGUGAUUCAUUCAACACUUGGCCAAAAGUUGAAGGGUCUGUUCAGUUCCUCAACAGACCAUAAGAAUUUGGAGGUCUUGGAUGACACGCGGGAGGUGCUAAGGCUACUUAUAGACUUGUUAAAUGAUAAAGAGGAAGCUCUGGCACAUCAGCGGAAGGUUAGCUAUAUGUUGGCCCGACGUGUUGAGGAUCUAGAACGAAAGUCCUUGAGGAAGGAUACUGCAGCAACUGAAAUUUUUAAAGUUGAUCAUUGUCAAAAAAGAUUGCAUGACUUAAAAAAUAAUUCUUUCCUAUCAACUGAUCGAAACCCAAGUGAACACAAGACGGUUUUGAGGACAAACUCUUCCCCUGCAGGUUACUUCAUGGGCAAUUGAAAAUUCAGAAGAAUUUAUUAAAACAGAGCUUGUGGCAAGACGUUUGAUGGAACAAACAUUAGUGCUGAAGCCAAAAAAAUUCCAUGAUGUUUGUUCAUAAAUGUAAGAAGACAUUUUUUCAGAAUGGACAUGAUAUCUAUUUUUUAAAUUAACUUGUAAAAAGACUUAAUAAUUGUUUAAGCCACUUCUAGAGUUAUACAGCAUGGAAACAUAACCUUCAUGCCAACCAUAUUCCCAAAUUAAACAAAUUCCACUUUUUGUUUG